AUGAUCCCUCAGGUUUGGUGGUUCUUGUUCUUAUUACAUGUCCAGAUUUCUGUGGCCCAGAAUUAUUUUGAAGAGAGGAGAUCUGUAAGAAAUAGGCCCAAAGCAUUAGUAUCCAGCCCAGUGGAGAAGAUUCCCAGCCUCAGUGAACAAGAUGAAGACUGCCUUCUGGAAAUGGCCUUCCUCUUGGACAGCUCAGAAAGUGCUAAGGAAUAUAAUCACAAUCAGGAGAAAAGAUUUGUUUUGCAAAUGGUGGACAAACUAAAGGGCGUUCAACUGGACUCCAUGAGGCCUUUCAGCUGGAGGAUGGGCUUAAUCCAGUACAGCAGCACAGUACUGAUAGAGCAAACCUUCAGAGACUGGAAAGGACCUGACAACUUUAAGGCUCACAUUUCCCCCAUUGUAUAUAUUGGCCAUGGUACAUUCACCUCCUAUGCCAUCACAAACUUAACUCAGCUCUACAUGAAUGAAGGCACACAUAAAAGCUUGAAAGUGGCCGUACUCCUAACUGAUGGGGUGGACCAUCCCAGAAACCCUGAUAUAUUUGCCGCUACUACUAAUGCCAAAAACCACGAUAUCAAGCUCUUCAUUGUUGGAAUGACUUCCGUAGCCAAGGAGGCCACCAAUGCUGCAAAACUGCGUCUCCUGGCCAGCGUGCCUGCUACCAGAUUUGUCUUCCAUUUGCAGGAAGCUGAUAUGGUGGAUAAAAUCAUCAAGGAAGUGAAAGAACUGGCAGAAGAAGGGUGUCGGCAAUCGCCCAUUUGUACCUGUGAAAAAGGUGAAAAGGGUCUUUCUGGAUCUCCUGGUAAGAAAGGUCGGCCUGGUGAUGAUGGUAUCCCUGGACAGAAAGGCAGUAAGGGUGAAUCCGGCCUGAAUGGUAUUCCUGGCAGAGACGGUUUAGAGGGAAAACCCGGAUAUAAGGGAGAGCAGGGAGAGAGAGGAGAGUGUGGUAUUCCUGGUGUCAAGGGAGAUCGGGGUCCUGAAGGUCCUACUGGAACAAGAGGUCUGAGGGGCGUGCAGGGUAUCCAAGGACCUCCAGGAGAUCAGGGACCAGAAGGACCGCAAGGAGCAAAGGGUGAUAGAGGUGUUGCUGGACCACCAGGAGCACAAGGAGAAACAGGAAUAGGACUUCAAGGACUGAAGGGAGACAUGGGUCACCAAGGAAGACCAGGACCCAGUGGGCCGCCAGGAAUUGGAGAACCCGGAUCGUCGGGACCUCAGGGAUCGCAGGGGCUGCCAGGAGAAAGGGGACCUCAAGGAGAAGGAUUUCCUGGACCCAAGGGAGAUCGAGGAUUUGAAGGACCUAGAGGAACCCGUGGCUCACCAGGACCUAGCAUUAAGGGUGAUAAGGGAGAGUUUGGUCCUCCUGGCUUACCUGGUCCAAUUGGUUUACCUGGUAUUGGAAUACAAGGAGAAAAGGGAGUCCAGGGUCCUGUUGGGCCAACAGGCAUGAGAGGACCACCAGGAGAAGGACUCAUGGGGUCCAAGGGAGAUCAAGGUUUGCCAGGAGAAUCUGGAGUACCUGGAGAAAGAGGGAUUGGUGAAUCUGGAGCAAAGGGUGAACCCGGGUCUACAGGUUUAGCUGGUUUACCUGGUUUACCAGGGGAAGAUGGUGCCCCAGGACAAAAGGGUGAGUCAGGACUUCCGGGUCUCAGGGGUCCAGAAGGGUCUCUUGGUAUUGGCAUACAAGGUGAAAAGGGUGACCAAGGACAACGUGGCAUCCGUGGCUUAACUGGGCCCCCAGGGCCUUCUGGACCAUCAGGACCAAAAGGUGAAAUAGGUGCUGUAGGACGUCUUGGAAUGCCAGGUCCCCCCGGUCGGGCAAUAGUGGGUCCUAAGGGAGACAUUGGUCCGGCUGGUCCACGAGGUCUUAUAGGAGAACCAGGAAUUGGUAUUGCUGGUCCAAAGGGUGACAGAGGCAAUCCAGGACCACCAGGACCAUAUGGACCAAAGGGAGAUGGAUUUGCAGGACCUCAAGGAAUGCCAGGGCUUACAGGAGCUCCAGGUGAACCAGGACCAGAAGGCAUUGGACUUCCAGGACCAAAGGGAGACCCAGGUUUCAGAGGCCCUAUUGGUGUGUCCGGCCCUCCUGGUGAAGGACUGCCAGGACCUAAGGGAAAUGUGGGAAAAACAGGAUUACCAGGUCCCCAGGGUCCUCCAGGAGAAGGCAUACAGGGUUCAAAGGGAGAACAAGGAGUUCAAGGUUUGCCAGGAUCACGUGGACUUCCGGGAGAGGGACUUCUAGGGCCGAAGGGUGAUCGUGGUUCUGCUGGCGAAAGAGGAAGAAAGGGGGAUAAAGGUGACAAUGGAGAUCAUGGAGGCCCUGGAGAAAUGGGAAAAAUGGGAUCUAAAGGAGAACCUGGAUUAACAAGAGAAGAUAUCAUUAAGAUGAUAAAGGAGAUUUGCGGUUGUGGUGUGAAAUGUAAGGAGAUACCCAUGGAACUUGUGUUCGUUAUCGACAGCUCAGAGAGCGUUGGACCAGAAAACUUUGAAAUUAUCAAAGACUUUGUGACAGCCCUUGUUGACCGUGUAACAGUAGGACGAAAUGCCACACGUAUUGGACUUGUUCUCUACAGUUUAGAAGUGCGGCUCGAGUUUGGCCUAAACAGGUUCACCACUCAGCAAGAUGUAAAGCAAGCCAUCAGAAAGAUGAUGUACAUGGGAGAGGGUACCUACACAGGAACUGCCAUACGAAAGGCUACACAGGAAGGUUUUUAUGGAGCAAGGAAUGGGGUCCGAAAAGUUGCCAUUGUCCUCACAGAUGGCCAGACAGACAAGAGAGAAGUCGUAAAACUGGACAUAGCUGUUCGGGAGGCUCAAGCAGCCAAUAUAGAAAUGUACGCAAUUGGAAUUGUGAAUUCCACUGAUUCAACUCAACAAGAGUUUAUAAGGGAACUAAAUCUUAUUGCUUCUGACCCUGAUGCUGAGCACAUGUACUUAAUCGAUGAUUUCAACACUUUAACAGCUUUGGAAUCAAAAUUGGUUAACCAGUUCUGUGAAGAUGAAAACGGGGCUCUUAUAUACAACCGUGUUGGAAACAAAAUCAGCACAAUUUAUGCACCAAAGGGUUCUUCCCGUUCUACCUCUACUGCACCUCAAGGCAACAGUGACAGUGUCAAGAUUGAAGAAAGUAGAUUAGAAGAAAAACGUAGGUUAGAAGAAAGAAUUAGGUUGGAAGAGGAAAGAAUUCGACAAGAAAGACUUAGACAAGAAAGAAUACGACAAGAAGAAGAAAGAAUACGAAAAGAAGAAGAAAGAAUACGACAAGAGGAAAGACUUCGUCAAGAGGAAGAAAGGCGAAGAGCAGAAGAGUCUUUUGUUGUUUCUCGAUUGCCAAUAGUUCCGCCACGAAAAAUUGCCCCUAUUCCAAACGUUGAUGAAGAGGGAGAAGAUUAUGAUGACGAGGAAGAGGAAAUCGAGCAGUCAGCACCACCUUCUACCAAGAGAGCUGAGAUUGCAGCUCCUUCAAUAUCACAAUCCUCAUCAUCCAGGACUGUCAUAUUAUCUCCAAGUUCAUCAGAGAAAAUUGACCCAAUAUUACCAAAAAUAGACUCUAUCCAGGAUGCACGGUGCAAGCUGCCAUUAGAUCAGGGUCCAUGCCGGACUUAUAUCAUAAAGUGGUAUUAUGAUAAACAAGCCAAUUCUUGUGCCCAGUUUUGGUAUGGUGGCUGCAGUGGAAAUGGUAACCGUUUUGAUACUGAAGAUGAAUGUAAGAAAUCCUGCGUCUUCUAUUUUGAGGGAGAAAUAUAAUGUGGAGUAAAGUGAGAGGCGCUACUCUUGAAACUGAAGGAUUCAAUUAACCAUUUCCUUAAGGCUAGAUUCACCCACAAGAAUUUUCGUCAUCGUUUUUAACAGCGCUUUUU